AUGAGAAACCAUUCAGAAAUAACAGAGUUUAUCCUUUUGGGGUUGUCUGAUGACCCGAAGCUCCAGGCUGUCAUCUUUGUGUUUCUAUUUAUCACCUACAUGCUCAGCAUCACUGGGAACCUGACCAUUAUCACACUUACCCUGCUGGAUCCCCACCUCCAGACUCCCAUGUAUUUCUUCCUGAGGAAUUUCUCCUUAGUAGAAGUUUCAUUUACAACUGUCAGCAUUCCCAGGUUUCUGGGCACCAUAGUUUCAGGAGAUAAAACCAUUUCCUUUAAUGAUUGUAUAGCUCAAUUAUUUUUUCUCAUUCUGCUGGGAGUCACAGAAUUUUAUCUUCUGGCUGCCAUGUCCUAUGAUCGUUAUAUUGCCAUCUGCAAGCCUCUGCAUUACAUGACCAUCAUGAAUCUAAAAGUCUGCACAACACUUGUCUUUGCUUCCUGGCUGAUUUCAUUCUUGAUCAUCUUCCCUGCUCUCAUGUUGCUCUUAAAACUUGAUUACUGUAGAUCCAAUAUUAUAGACCAUUUUACUUGUGAUUAUUCUCCCCUCCUACAGCUUUCUUGUUCAGACACAAAAUUCCUAGAGACAAUGGGAUUUUCUUGUGCUGUGUUUACGCUCAUGUUCACUUUGACAUUAAUAUUCUUAUCCUAUAUAUAUAUAUUCAGAACAAUUUUGAAGUUUCCUUCUACUUCUCAGAGGGCAAAGGCCUUCUCUACGUGCUCAUCACAUAUGAUUGUCAUUUCCAUCUCAUAUGGCAGCUGCAUUUUUAUGUACAUUAAACCUUCCGCAAGAGAAAGGGUAUCUUUAAGCAAGGGAGUUGCUGUGUUAAACACGUCUGUAGCACCCAUGCUUAACCCCUUUAUUUAUAGCCUGCGAAAUCAGCAAGUCAAGCAAGCCUUUGUGAACAUUGUGAGGAAGACUGUAUUUUUCUCAAGUGCAUAA